GAAAGAACGAUUAUCAUUAUGUUCUGAAAUUGUAUAAACAUACUGCAAAACAAUCAUUGUUUUAAUCUAAUUGUUUUUAGAAAUCAUAAAUUGAGCUGCCACAAAGUAAUCUCGUUGAAAGCAAAAUGGUUGUAUCUUGUGUGAUCGAUUGCACAAGCGGAUUCGACAAGGAUAACCCAAGGAGCUUUUUUCGCAUCCCAAAGAAACCAGAACCCCGAAGAAAGCUUUGGAUUACAGCCAUAAAGCGCGUGUCUAUCGUCGGACGUCAACAAUGGGAACCUACAGAUUACGAUCGCGUUUGUUAUCGUCACUUCAUAACAGGAGAGAAGAGCAAUGACAAGAAUAACCCUGACUACAUUCCCUCUGUGAACAUGGGCUACAAGGACACUAAACCAAGUGGGGAUCUGCGCCAUGCUAGACACUGUCGAUUGGAGGGCAGAGAAUCCGAAAAAGGCAAGAAACAAGCAGCUUCUGCAUUACUGGAUUUGUCAAACACAGAAAAUAUAUUGUGAGACACAAGCUGAAGAAUUGCGGCCACAUGUCGACAUACACAGUGGCUGUAUUAAAAAAAUUGCUGCCCUGCGAAUAGAAAACCAGCAGCUAUAUGAAGAGUUAGGGAGACUUCAAACAGAGAAUGCGAUUUUAAAACAGAAUGAAAGUCGACUGAGUUUUGAGGAGCAGAUGACAUCCAGUGAUCAAAGAAUUCAGUUUUAUACAGGUCUACAGUCAAAAGCUCUAUUUGUAUGGCUGCUGUCAUUUUGCUCCCCGGCACUUCCAGCGUGCAAAGUUCUAAGCCCAACAUGUGUAAUGAUGUGUAUAAUAAUGAAACUUAGGUUGAAUCUCCAGCACCAGGACUUGGCGUAUAGGUUCAGUGUGUCUGUGACCACAAUAUCCGACAUUCUUAACCAGGAACUGCCAAAAUUAGCAGAAAAACUUUCAUUUCUGAUUCAGUGGCCUGAUAAAGACAGUCUCAUAAGAAACAUGCCUAAUGUUAUUAAAAUAACCUACCCAAAAUGUGUGAGCAUCAUUGAUUGUUUUGAAGUUUUUAGUCAGAGACCCGGUCAACUUACAGCUAGGGCUCAAACAUGGUCAAAUUAUAAACAUAACAACACCAUUAAAUUUCUUGUGUCUAUAACACCAACGGGGGCAAAUGUGCGGAUACAUGUGGAACGAGCCAUUGAAAGACUGAAAAACUGUAAUAUUUUGAGUAGCAGCAUGAGUUUAUACAUGGUUCCACAUGCAGACAGCAUAGUCACAAUCUGUUCAGCAUUAUGUAAUUUACAACCAAAACUUCUUUCUGAGGUUUUUACCUGUAUUAUGGUUUCAAAUGGUACAUAUUGUAAUUCUCCUUUUUAGUUGCAUGAAAUGAGACUAAAUAAAUGUAACUUAAACAGAAAAAGAAUAUAUUGCAUUUUUUUAAAUAUAAAUUAAAUAAAUAGUUUGGCAUAUUUCAUUUGCUAUUGUUAUGAUUUA